CCACAGGAGCACGUCAGCAAGGAAACAUGGCGUCUCCCGGGAGUGCCGCUUGUUUAUGUCGCGUGGCUGGACGGACGGUCGGCUAUCUCGCGGCUGCGAGCCGCGGACGAGGAUUCCUCUGGCCGGCGAAAAGACAUUUCAGCACGUCGACUGGGCACGGUCUGCGGUUCCGCCUUGACGAGAGGACGGCUCACAGCAGUCUGGACCUCUUCAAGAAAGACACGGGCGUCAUCUACCGCGUGCUGGGUCUCGACCCCAGCCACGUGCAGGCCAACCCCGAGCGUUUCCGAGACUGGGCAGUGGUCUUUGGCGAUGAGAAGAUCACCGGCGGGCGCCACUACUGGGAAGUGACGGUCAAAAAGUCCCAGGAGUUUCGGGUGGGCGUGGCCGAAGCGCUGAUGUCCCGCGACGACUGCGUGGGGACCAGCGACGCCUCCUGGGUGUUCGGCUACGCUCAGCGCAAGUGGUUCGCCAUGACCAACAAUAAGAUGGUUCCCGUGACCCUGGUGGGCAAGGCGGACCGCGUGGGCAUCCUGCUGGACUUUGAGGCCGGCCUUCUGGGGCUGGUCGACAUUGAGAAAUGCAGGGUCGUUCACGCCCUCAGGGGUCGUUUCAAGACUCCCCUUUGCCCAGCUUUUGGACUUUGGGACGGGGAGCUGCUCACGCACUCGGGCCUGGAAGAACCGGAGGGCCUCAAGUAGCGGCUGUGAUUGGGCUUGAAAAGUGGGUGGAACGUUUCUGGAAAAAUUCCAGUGAAUUUUGGCAAAAUAUUAAGAUGGAGGAUGUUAUAACGAAAGGGCGAUUUGCAGGAAAUAGGUCAACCAUAAAUAUAAAAAUUUUCUUUUGUUUUUACAACCAGUCAUCGGCAAUAUUUGGCUCUCCUUGCCACCAGGUGAGGGCAUUUCAGUGCCUUAAUAUCCUCACACGGCCAAAGCUUUGUCAUAUCUCAAAUUUUGGUUUGCAACAUAAAGCGAAAAAUAAAUAAACAUUUAACUACAGGGAGUCCUCGGGCUACGACUGAGAUCCGUUCCUAAAGUAGAGACUUAACUCGCAUUUCGACUUAAGUCGGAUUCCACGAUUAAAGUCAGAAUUUUACAUCAAAAUAUUUUGUAUAAAAAAAACAAAUACAUUGAAAUAAACAAGAUGAUGUACUUAGCGGGACUGCUGAGAGGUGGAUGGAGAAGAAGAAGGGGAGGCUGCGCUUAGCUAUUGCCAAGGAACCUGGUCCUCAAUCCUCUCCAUCCCCACAAGUAUCAAAGAACCACGUUUUGUGGUCAUUGUACCCGACAUGGGAACGGAACCCUUCGCGUGCCCUAAAAUACGGUUUUGGUCGACCGACCGAAGCCUUGGUGGUGUUGGUGUCUCUCCUUCCUCCAAUCUUUUUAUGAUCAUGAGCUUCGUUUCCACGGUAAUGGAUUUUCUUUUGGCGUCAGAAGCAUCGCAAAAAGACCCAGCUUUCUUCUUUGGGGCGAUGAUGUCGAAAAAAGAGGGCGAAAAAUGCGAGGAAUGCUCCCGGCGCACAAACACGGACAAGCAUUAGCCAGACAAAAUGGCGGACGGGAGACGGUUGUUGUAAAGUCGAAAUGUCUUAGUUCGAGGCCGUCUUAACACGAGGACUCCCUGUACCUGGAAUUCAAAAGUCUUAAGUUGGGGCAGUUGUGAGUCCAGGUACUAGUUUAGUUUAAUAAAUUCUCGAUUUUCUAACAUGUCAACUUCCCAAAUUUUCAGAACUGUUCAACCCUCGCCGCGAUGUAUGCAAAUCAAUCAUUUGUGAAUUUUUUUUUUUUUUUUUUUUUUUUUAAUGCAUGUCAUUUUACCAAACCUUGCCAAAGUGCACUAAACAGCACCCGAAGUGUUGAUCAACUGGUCAGCGGAAUGAAAGUUUGUUUUACAUAUAUUUUCUGGUGCUACCCGACAUGGUCAUGUGACCACAGUAUUGUAUAUUGUUUAUUAAAUAACUUCGCAAAAAAAAAGCAGCUUGACAUUUCAUUUUUCACAUUAUGAGCAUGUAUUACACAUUUGCAUGUGUAUAUCUGCUUUAGUUGAUAAAUACAUAAUGGAUUAGAAUCUUGUGACAUAAUAGUUAUGAAAAGUCACUGUAAAUUGAGAUUCUGAUUUUCAGCAAAAGCAACAUUCAUACACAUAAAUUAGGUAAGAUUAAUAAAAGUGCCUGAUAGGAAUAGGCUUUAAAAAAAAUAGAUUAAUUAGUUAUUAAACUUGUGAUAUGUUUUUGUUGGUACACACACGCUGUAACAAUAUUAUGUAUUCAUAUAGGUUCCUCGCAGAAUUUGAACCCUUUGUGUA